AUGGCGCUGCUGCAGGAGGUGUCGCGCGGGGGAAUCGAGGGCUCGUCCCUGGAGGAGGAGUGGGGGGAGCUGCGCCAGGCCGUCAGCCAGGACCCGCAGCUCUCGCGACUCUAUAACGAAUACGCGCGCGAGGCGCUUCUGGCGCGCGAGGAACAGCGCCAGCAGGAGGCGGGCGGGGGGAGGUGGAAGGUGGACGCGCGGGGGAGAAGGAUCAGGAAGCGGAGACGAGGGCGGAAGGAGGAGGCGGAAGGGGAGGAGGGGAUGAGCAGCAAGGCGCGGACUGAGGAGAGGCUGCGGCGGUGGCGGGCAGGAGUGGUGGAGGCGGCGACGCAGAGCACAGUGGUGGAGGUGGCAACGAUGGUGGUGCUGACGGUGCUGCCUAUUGCGGCGGGCGCGUUUGUGUAUGUGAACGUGCAGGAGUGGCUUAAAGCCAUGGCGCCACAGCCUGCUGUCGUGGAGAAGGAACCCUGGUGGAUGCUGUUCGGCCCAGCUGCCAGUGCAGCAGGCACGGUGUUUGGCAUGGCAGGGCUGGGCUUCGCAGCCAAGACAGCAGCAGCGGCGCCAGUGGCGGUGGCAGUGGUGCCGCAGAUGGACGCUCUCUGGCGCUCCUUUGGAGGCGCUAGCCUGGUGGCGCUGUACUGGCGCACGCUGGUGUUUGGCAAGACGUUUCGCAGCAUAGAGUGGGACCUGGAGGCGUACGAUGCGCCUAACGGCAGCAUGAAGUCCAUCACCAUCCGCGUGCCCUCCCUCAACGCAGUGCGCACCAAGAUAGCGUUGGCAAACGGGCUUGCAGGUGCCAGUGAGGUGCAGCAGCUUGCGCUCUGGAUUCCCAACUCUGGGGAUUUCGUGGAGCCUCUGCGGCUGGCCAAGGACCUGGCGCUGAUCCCGGACUUUGGCUUUGUCAUCUGGUCGCGCACCCCCGCCUCCCUGCACUGCCUGCCCUCCCGUGCUGCCAAGACCAUGCCCUCGCCCACUGCAGCAGCAGGCUCUGCAGGUGCAGCUCGGGGUGCAGACAUGGCGGCUAUAGAUCAGACCGAAACAGAGACGAACACAGCAGCGGCGGAGAAGACGGAGACAGGAGCAGCGGCGAAGGAGAGCGAAACGCUGGUGAAGCAUCCGUUGGAGCACCGCUGGACGCUCUGGUUCGACAAUCCGCAACAACGCGGGAAAAGCGGUGGCUCGUGGGGAAGCUCGCUCCGCGUGAUCUUCACCUUCGGGACCGUUGAGGACUUCUGGUGUUUAUACAACAACAUAGUGCAGCCGAGCAAGCUGAUGAACAAGGCGGACAUGCACCUGUUCAAGGAGGGCAUUCAACCUAAGUGGGAGGACCCCAAGUGCGAGAAGGGCGGCUCCUGGACCAUCCCGUGCUCGCGCAGCAAGGAAUACCUCGAUAACAUGUGGCUGCACUUGAUGCUGGCGAUGAUUGGCGAGCAGAUCGACGAGGGCAACGACAUCUGUGGCGCCGUGGUGAGCAUCCGACCAAACAAGGACAGAGUGGCGCUCUGGACUAAAUCGGCUGCCAGCGAAUCCAUUCAGACGAGCAUUGGCAAGCAACUGAAGGAGAUUCUGGGCAUAACGGAGCAAAUCGGGUUCUCCUCUUUUGCGGACCAGAAAGGGUCAAGGAAGCGGUCGGCGACGCCCGAGACGACGAUGCUGUACGUGGGCUGCCUCACGCGCAACGUCAACCAGGACCACCUGCGCGAGAUAUUCGGGCUGUACGGCGAGCUAAGCAAAGUCGAGAUCGCCAUGGACCGUGUCGUGAACCUGCCCAAGGGCUACGGCUACGUGGAGUUUAAGAAGCGCGCCGAUGCGGAGAAGGCGCGCCUGCACAUGGAUGGGGCGCAAAUCGACGGCAGUGUGGUGAGCGCGCAGUUCGUGCUCGCGCCAAAGCCCGUGCGCCGCCCAGAACCGCUCCCCCCACCGCCCCCCUCUCGCCGCACCAUCGACUCCCCCCCGCGACGCCGUGCGGACGGAGGGCGAACGGGGAGGCAGGGGGGUGUCGCCGCGGCGGAGGUCCCCCGCGCGAGCAGGCGGCGCAAGGGGAAGGUCGCCGUCCCCGCCCCGAGGGGGAAGGAGGCGCUCGCCCGUGCGCUCCCCCCCUCGCAGGCAGCGCAGCACCUCUCCUCCUCGCCGUGUGAGAAGCCCUCCCAGACGCCGCUCCCCCAUCCCCUUCCGCGGCCGCAGGUCGCCCCCACCUCGCCGCCGCUCCUCCCCCACGCGGCGGCCCUCCCCCCCUCGCCGUUCGCCCCCCGCUCGUCGCUCCAGCCCAGGCCCGAUGCGCCGCCGCUCUCGCUCCCGCACACGCUCACGCUCCCCGCCCUCUCGGCGCCAGCGCCUGCCCCCACCACCGCCCGGCCGCAGGUUAGCUUCUCCACCGCGCAACUCCUCCACUCUUGUGCUCCCCCUCCCCACCUCUUUCCCAUGCCCAGUCCCUUCUUUUUGGCCUCAUCCCAUUUCUCUCUGCACUCCUCAUUCGUGCGAUCCCUUGUCUCCUCUCUCCCUGUCCUUCCGCCUAUAUUGUCGAUCCAUCCUAGAAUUGCACUGUCCUUAUGCUUUCCCUCGUCUUUCCUCAAUCGCGUGGCUCCUUGCGAGUGA